AAUUCAAUUGGCUCUUGGAACCCGUAAUCAAACAUUAAGGGAUGCUGUGAGUCAAAAGAAUUGGUCACUUUAGGAAACUUUGCGCAAUGGCAUCUUAUUUGAAGAUUCAGCCAUGUCCUCCACUUCGGUUGCAAAUGGACAUACCUUCCUAAAUGGGGCGAACGCAGUUGGAUCUGAGUUCGAAGCCCACAGAGUUUCAGGGCCAUAUUCAAGUCAAUCACGCCGUCAAAAGACGGCUGGUCUUGUUAUAACUGCGGAUCAAGAAACAAGCAUUCUAAGGAACAAUGUCCGGCUAGAGACAAAACUUGUUCAGCCUGCCAACGAAUGGGACACUUUGAUACAGUUUGCAAAGAUGGAAAACUUCAUUCAAAUCGCCCUCAACAUGGCCGGCGUCUAUAUGGUGCCGGAUACAAGUCAACCAACUUUAGUAAACCAAAGUUGCGAAAAAAGCCCAAACACUUCAAGUCUGCUUCAAAUUCCGUGCAACCACGAGCGGACUCAAAUGUCGCGGAGAACUUCUCAACAGAUGAGGAAGUACACUGGCUUAAUGCAUUCCCGACAUCAGUCCAAGGAAGACGAAUUCAAACACGAAAAGUGGUGGUCAAGCUUGCUGGAGCGCCAGUUCAAAUCAUAGCCGAUUCGGGUGCCCAAAUAAAUGUUAUUCUCAAACGUUUAGCGCCAGACGUCCUAAUCAUAGCUAUGAAAGCAACUAUUGUUCAAAUCAAGCCCUAUGGGGUUGAUUCAAAAGCAAUUGUUCCAUUGAGAGUUAGCAUUGUGGACACCACGCGGGCAGGACGACGCUAGCAACCAAAUGGUAUGUCGUCAAAGACCUUCCUUCUCGACCUAUGACUCCCCUUAUUUCAUGCGAUACAUGCGUUUUGCUGGGAAUCAUCUCGAUAAACACUCCCGAAAUGGACAGUUUUGCAAUUACCUGCGAGUGCUUGGCUGCUGUUGACAAUAAUCCACGGGAUAAGUUUCAUCUGACCGACUUCGAGUCUGUUUUUUGGGGCGUGAGACUACUCCGGGGACAUGAAGUCCAGCUGCACAUAUGUGACAACCACCGUCCUAUAGCGAGUGCUCCACGCUAUACCCCAUUCCAUUUGGAGGCUAAGGUCAAGGCCACAAUAAACGUUAUGCUCCAAGAUGACAUCAUAGCACCUCAUCACGGCCCAGCGCCCUGGGUCAGUAAUAAACAAGUAGCCCCAAACGAUAAUGGCCAGAUCCGAAUCACAGUGGAAAUCCAAAACCUCAACAAAGACCUAACUGAUAGCCAAAUACCCAUUCCUACGGUGGACUCAAUAAAGGCAAGCCUUGUGGCUGCAAAUUUUUCUUCAAGUUGGACUUUACGUCUUCGUUCCACCAACUUGCCCUUGUAGAGGCUUCAAGGCUCCUCACCGUGUUUAGAGUAAGUGGCUGUUUGCCAAUGGGAGUCAAACCUGCCUCAGGAGAAUUCCUGAAGGCAAUAAGAGGCAACUUUAGCGACAUUCCCGGCCUACAUGCUAUACAUGACGACAUAAUCAUUGCCGGGAAGACUCUCCAAGACCACGACCACGCCCUCCGGACUUUCCUCUCAAGGCUUCAAGAAAAGGGCAUGACUCUGAACCCCUCCAAAUGCGUUUUCCGAGCGAGAGAAAUACCUUUUUGGGGAAUGAUGGUUUCGCCAGAAGGCAUCAAACCAGAUCCAGAAAGAGUUUGAGCGCUCAAAGAGGCUCCUAUCCUGGAAUGCAAGGAUGACCUCAUUUCCUUCUUGUGCAUGGCGAGAUCCAAUUCGGAUUUCAUUCCCUUCAUCGCCACGAACACGCCAAACCUCAGAGCCCUCAGCCAAAAGCACUCAAAGUUCAAAUGGGGCGACGUCCACAAGAAGGAGUUUGAACUGUUGAACUGUUGUCUCUACAUGAAGACGCCUGUCUCACAUUCUUUAACACAGCUUUGACAACCUUCCUAUUUGUGGACGCACAUCGGGAUGGUCUGUGUGCAAUCCUUUGUCAAGGAGAGUCUAUCUCAAGGGUAAAAACGGUGGCGGUAGCUUCUAGAGCAACAACAUCUGUGAAGAAGCGCUACCCUCAGGUGGACGUGGAGGCUAUGGCAGUUGAUUUUGGCUUACGUAAAAUGAAAGUCUACCUGGUGGGGAACCCUCAAGUAACCGUGGUUACAGACCACAAACCCUUGGUAGCAAUAUUCAGAGGAACCAGACCUGGAUCAAUGCGUUCAGAAAGGAUCAUUUUGCGCCACCAAGAUAUUUCUUAUUCAGUCGUGUGGAAGCAAGGGAAAGAGAACCCAGCUGAUUUCUUUAGCCGAAGGGCUUCCCCCUUUAAUGACCUUUCCAAGGAAGAGCUCGAGACUACUGCCGAGAUGGAAAAGCUCAUCUACAUGGUCCUAAAUGGCGACGUUAAUCAAACGUCGAACCCAAAAAAUAUUGCUGAGGCCACCAGACAAGAUAACAACUUAAAAAAAGCUAUCAAUCACGGUGUGCUCCCAAACACCCAGACCCUUGGUCGGUUUUCAAGGUUGUUUUCGGAGCUCACCGUGUCGUCGGAGGGAAAUGUCCUCAGAGGCAACCAACUAGUCCUUUCAAAGGGUAUUGUACAACAGGCCUUAGAUCUAGCUCAUGGGGGAGGUCACCUUGGUACUUCAUCAAUGAAACGCCGCCUCUGUGCGGUCUCAUGGUUCCCCGGUAUGAACCAUGCCAUAGAGUCACACGUUUUGGGGUGCCAGAAAUGCCAGGAGAUCGCCGAAAUAGGAACUAAAGUGCAACAGGCACCUCAACAGGCCCUGGACAAACCUUGGGAAUCCGUCUCCACGGAUCAUUUUGGACCGUUAAGGGAUGGCUCAUAUGUUCUAGUGCCCUGGAAGACAUCUUCACCACCUAUGGAUACCCAAGCUUUCAACGUUCUGAUAAUGGCUUGGCUUUCCAAUCCACUGAAUUCAAAGUAUUCUGCAAAAAAUACGCAAUCAGGCAUCAAUAUAUUGCUCCAUAUCAUCCCCUCGCCAACCCGGCUGAGACUUUCAUGAAGAUUCUGAAGAAAACAUUCCAAGCAUCCGGCAGAUCCAAAUCGGAGAUGCGUGAGGCCCUUUGCUCUUGUCUCAGAUAUUAUCGCAGUACCCCACACCCAAUAACAGGCCUUCCCCCGGCAUCCUUGAUGCUUAGCAACUACAAAACUGAGCUUUUAACAACCCGUGGGGCUAAACCAACCAAAGUGAAGGUAAUGAGAAAGAAAGACAAAGCUGUAAUAAACAAACACGCAUUGGACUUCAAUACCAAGCCAAAGACUCAUGCACCAUCUUAAAUACCGGGUGAUUUCGUCUUGAUUCGAAACCACACAAGACCCAACAAGUUUAUGCCCAAAUUUCUACCCUUCCAUCAUAUAGUACUAAAGCAGCAAGGCCAUGCGACGUACCUGGUGUGCAAUGUGAAUGACGAUAGAAUCUCAACCCGACACAAAGAUGACCUAAAAAAAAACCUCGGGGUAAACAUAAAAAGAUCAAGAAAAAACAAACCAUGACUACAUGACCACAAACCCAUUUGGUCCCUCUGUGGCUUACCGACAAUGUCCUACUGCAAUCCCAUCCCAAACACCUGGGGUUGGGUGGCGGUCGGCCGUUAAUGAGCUGGCACAACACCGCGAAUUCCAGUCCACAUAUGGACUCCUUGGUCCCGAGAUCUCCCAACCUUGCACUAUCACGUGAGUCAGCCCACACUUCUGCGAGUCCUUCCUCCUUAGACAAUUCCGGACCCUCUGUAACAUAAAUACUCCAUCAAAAUCCCUAGAUAAGUAUAAAUCCAAUGAAAAAUGUAGACGGUAAUCAGUGUUCACCAAGAGGCAGCUUAAAAAGUUGCGUGAGUUUGUCUUUUGAGCGAACUUUCAAAGGUCGUUUCAAGAAGGAUACCUGUCACUGCUAUCAGGUGAAACCAAAGGAAAUUUUCACGCUUUGUGUCAGGAGUUAGAGGACAUGAUUAUCCACAACGUCAUGACAAUCUGAGUUACGCGUCUCUCCAGGUACGCAGGCUAUGGUGUGAUCUGAGUUAAAUCAGACUGACUCUGGUCAAGUUCUCAGCCGUGCAUCAGACCGCUUAGAAGUGCAUAUAAAAAUAUCAUUGGUACCUUCCAUGAUUUGCGUGUGGUGCUUCCCCUCUCAAAGUUUCAAAGCCGUGGAACUCUAUCAAUCCCGAAAUUCAGGCAUGUCAGAGAGUUAGCCUUUUGACAAUGACUUUGAGAGUUUGCCAAUCGUGCUAAAUGUACUCGUACGUACACAACCUUCUCAGUCUCGAUUCACUUAUCGGGAAGACGAUUAUUCACGCAAGUUAAAAAAAACUCACGCAACCUUUUAAGCUGCCUCUUGGAGACCACUGAUUACCGUUUACACAAUGAAAAAUCGCAACAGAUUCUCAUCCAAGCACAAGAGAAGCUCCGAAGCCAACGUCAUACCUCACUUCGGUCGGAUGAUGCCUCGGGGGAUGAACAUGGGAUCAUUAGUGGGGGCGUGCCCCAUCAAUGCCUCCGCCGAUCUGAAGGCCAUCCAAGAGCCCCGGUGCGCUUUGAUGACUGUGUUUUCCACCCAACAAACAAGACCCAUCAUUCAUAACAAAUAUCCUUUUCUGAUGGGAUAAUUUCGGAGUCCUGAUGCAUCCUAGACCCGCAACCUCUGAUUUCCAGACGAACUCCGUCGAAUAUGUAUUACAAAUGUUUAAUAAAUCAUCGGUUAGAUAACUGGA